CAGGCGCGGGGUCUGGCCGCGCGGUUCCCGGCGCUCUCUGGAGGCGCCGCGAUGACCGCUCUGAGCCGGGGCGAGGCGGCCGAGGCGGGCAGCGACCAACAGAUGCACGGAAAGACGGCUUCUCUGAAGAGCCCCGUGUCCUGCUCAGAGAAACUAGCCAAGGUUCAGGCACGCCUGGACUCCAGUCUGCACUGGCCAGAAGGCUUGAAGGGUGAAGAGAUAAAGAAGUGUGGCCGAGAAGGGACGCUACUGAGUAAAUACAACCAACAAUACCACAAGCUGUUUAAGGACAUUCCCUUGGAGGAGGUGGUUCUCAAAGUGUGUUCCUGCGCCCUCCAGAGAGACCUCCUUCUCCAGGGCCGGCUCUACAUCUCCCCCAACUGGCUCUGCUUCCAUGCCAGCCUCUUUGGCAAGGAUAUAAAGGUGGUCAUUCCCGUGGUGUCUGUCCAAAUGAUCAAAAAACACAAGAUGGCGCGGCUUCUUCCCAAUGGCCUGGCCAUCACCACCAACACCAGCCAGAAGUACAUCUUUGUGUCACUGCUUUCCCGGGACAGUGUAUAUGACAUGCUGAGGAGGGUCUGCACACACCUCCAGCCUUCCAGCAAGAAGAGCCUGAGUGUAAGAGAAUUUCCAGAGGAACCUGAGUGCGAGUCCCUGGAAGUCCUCAUCCCUGAGAUGAAGUGGAGAAAAGUGUGCCCAGCCUCCAGGUCCCUGUCGCUCCCAGACAACAUCCCUUGUAUACCUCGGGCAUCCAUGGACUCCACGGACAGCUUCUUUCCCUCCAGGAAGCCUCCCGGGUCUGGUAACAACCACCUUGGCUUCUCCAAGAAGAACGCUCUGGGUGCUAAGCUUCCACCAGUGACCCCCGUGGUUUACGCUGUUGCUGUGCUGAGACGGAGUAUGAAGGAAAAUACUCCAGAUCCUUCCUCCUCCCUGCAACUCUUAUCCCUGCUGUUGACAAAGCUCCUACAAUUUGGGGACUAAGACACGAAGCCAGAUUCUUGGAACCAGCCGAGAAAUUCUGCAUACUAAGCUUCAGCAAGCCCUUGGACAAAGAAAGUUAGCGUGUUCCUUGGAAACAGUCUGGCACAGAGGCAGAGCACUAGGAACCACCCAAGGGACAAAGGCCACGAUUUGGUACCUGGAAUGCAGCUCUCCACGGCCACGUGGCUCGCGGCAGUAGUGGCACAUAGGCCCAGACGCAAGCCACCAGUGGGGCUCUGCUCUCUCCCAACAUACUGUGCUCUCACUGGGGCCCCCAAGGGUCCCUGUCCUGGGGCCCAAAGGGACUGGGAGCUAGGCACCUGUCAGGCCCAGAGCAGACAGGGGAGGUGGGGUGGGGGAGCUAGGAACGACCAGAGGAGGGUGCGUAGCUAGGAUCCCAGCCAGAGGGGAAGGUUCCCGCCCCUCAUGAGGAGGCUGGCUGAAUCCGGAGGACAGUACUUGCAGCAGAGGAUGGUGGCAGGGGCUGCGAAGGAGGGCCGAGGUCCAGCGUUCUGUGUCCUUAGCUGCCACUUCCUGGUGAGACAGGUGGAACAGGGCCUGUGGUCACUGUGGUCACAGACCUGGUACUGCCUCUUCCCCUGGUGUGCUCAAACAGUUCUAAGGUGCCCCAGGCAGGAAGUAGAGGAUGGGGGGUGGGGAGGGGAAGGUCGGUGGCUUUGAUUUGAGCUGGCUUUGUACUCCCUGCCUGACUGCCUGAGAGGCCAUGACCAAUAGCAGCCUGUUGGGGACAUGUGGCUGGGCAGCUGGGCAUGAGGGUGUUGGGCCACCGCAGGGCAGAGCUCACUCGUGUCACUUGGAAUCGGGGAGUUGCAGGCCAUGGGGGAGGGUCCUCCACUCCAUGAAUAAGGUCGGGGUGUCCAAGGUGGGCCUGGUACAGUGCAGGGACCAGGUCAAGGGGUUCUGUCUGAUACCUCUGGGGACAAGAGAGGUGGGGGAUGGGAAGAGUGGACACAGUGGUAGCUUUGCCUUAGAGAGUUCUCCAUCUCUCCAAGUGCCUCAGAACUCUGCCUGCUCUCCCUGGGACUCCAGUAUGCCAAGACAGUGCCUUUGGGGGUUCUAGAAGGGCCUUCGUGAGGAGGUCAGGUGUGUCAGGCAAAGUCACUGGUGAUGGGGUGAGUGUGUCAGAAACAGUCACUGCUUUUCCUUCUUCAAACACCUGAGAGGUUAAUCAGGGAAAAAUCCAAGUGGAAAUGAGUUAUUGUGGAGCCAUGAUUGUCCUGUUUAUGACAAACCCAAAUGAGGAUGUGGGGGACGGAUCUGUAGGUGACAAGUCCCUAAGCUCAGACGAGCGGUCUCUUUAUUCUUCCCCGCUGCAGUUUCUAGGAUUAAGCUUAGAGCCUGCCUGGGGGGUUGCUUGUACCACCUCUGUGGGUGUCAGGGGAACUCAUAUUCCAUUCUCCCCACAGCACCACACUGGAUAAAAACCCAUCCUUUUUUUGGAACCAGCCCCCUUCAACACUCCUUUUUAUCAUUUUUCAGGGAAAUAGUCCUACUUGCCCCAGUGUCUCCCCGCCUUGGUCCUUGCUGAAGGGCAGGGAGAACAGGUCCAUUCUCUGAGCCCUGCUAGGUUGAGCCAGAGGCUCGUGAGAGGCCACCAGAGGUACCAAGUCAUGGGUAGCUGUGCCAACAUGCUGGUGAAUCCGGUCUCCAGCCAUGCCCUGGGCUCAGAAAAGGCAAGAGGCAUGCUAUAGGGGAGGUGGCUCUGGAGGUCCUCUUGGGCAUGAGUGUGCCUGUCACUCUGGAGGGCCCCUUGUCCGUUUCUCCCUUUUGUUCCUCAGCCUGGUCCUGUGGGGCCACUGUCCUUUCCCUUGUGUUCAUUUGUAAACUAUGUGUAUUUAUACAGAACUGCUUGCACUGGCUGAGUCCCUUUGAGUCCCUGAGAGAUUGGUUCGACUAUCCUUGGGUUGUUCCAGCAUGGCAGUAGCCUUUGAAAAUAUUUUAAAAUAUAAACAUUUGAUUUUUUCUAGUGUCCUGUGGUAUGGAAAGUUCAUUUUUAUCUUUUGACGACUCACAAAAGGUCCUCAUGUUAACAUAUUUGGCACUAAGGAGACUGACGGGGCCCAAGUCAUCCCCAGAAUCUCGAGUACUCUGCAAAUCUCACAGGGCUGUGGCUGAGCCGCCUCAUACUUCAGGCAUACUGGGAAGGUGAAGAGCAGCCACAGGAAACCUCCGCAGCCUCCUGCCUCUGCUGGGGGGACACCGAGAAGGCUUCCCUAUUUCUCUUGGGCAGCUCCAAAGCAACGUCCUGGGUUCAAAUGGUACUGUGCUUCUGACUCAGGAAUUCAAGUCCAGAACUCCGAGCCAGAAAAUCCCUGUGUCCUUUUCUAUGACAUCGAGCCUAGGUUAGGGAGGUGAAGUUCCAAUUUGUGUCACGUUACCUUUCUUUUUCCCUAGGAUGCCCCUUCUAGUAGUGAUUCAUUCAUUCAGCAAAUACUGAGCCCAGAGCACGAGCCAGGUACUAUGUGGGGCACUGGGGAUAUAGCAGUGAACAUGUCACUCAGUAUCUCUGUGUCCCCAUGGCACUUACACACCAUGUAAACAUAAGUUCCAAGUAAAUAUGUAAACAAGCAAGGUAAGUACAGAUUGUGGUUAGGUUCCAUGAAGGGGAGAAACGGUGAUAUGAGUAAAUGGGGAGUUGGCUAUAGAUGGGUGGUCGGUCAGGAAAGGUUCUCUGAAGUGACUUUUAGAUUAAUGUUAAAGGAUGAGGAACCAGCCACGGGAGGAGCAUUUCGUGGCAAAUGGAUCAGUAACUGCAAAACGUAGGAGAGAACACAUAUGUCUCUUCUGCACAGAGAGACUCUGCAUGACGCUAGGAUACUGAUCAGGUGGGAGAGUGAUGUGGAAAGAGGUUGGAGAGGUCAACACCAACAACAUAUACAACCAAUUAAAAAAUGGGUAAGGAACUUGAAUGGACAUUUCUCCGAAGAAGAGAUACAAAUGGCCGACAGGCACAUGAAAAGAUGCUCAGCAUCACUAGUCACUAGGGAAAUCAGAACCACAAUCAGGCGCCACUUCACACACAUUAGGACGGCUACUCUCAAACAGAAAACAAGUGUUGGUGAGGAUGUGGGGAAAUUGGAGGCCUUAUGCACUGCAGGUGGGAAUGUAAAAUGGUGCCGCUGCCGCUGUGCAAAAUAGUAUGGCAGUUUUUCAAAACACUAAAGGCAAUUACCAUAUGAUCCAGUAAUACCACUCCUGGCUGUAUACCCAAAAGAACUGAAAGCAGAGUUUGAAGAGUUAUCUAUCUGCACACCCACGUUCA